AUGGCAUCCCCCUCUGCAGCAUCCACCACUUCCUCCCACUUCCCCGACGGCUCGAUCCUGCAUGAUAUCCACAUCGACCAGACGCAGAAAUACAUCUUCUCGGCCUUUGGCGCCGUGGUCUGGUAUAACGCGAUCGAGCUCAUCGUCCUCUGCCUAACCACCUUCAAACGCUACCACGGCUGCUACUUCUGGUCCCUCCUCCUCGCCUCCAUCAGCCUCAUCCCGCACGUCCUCGGCUUCUUUUUCUUCUUCUUUCUCCCCACAGCCGUCAGCCCCUAUGUCGCCGUCUCCCUGAUCGUACCGAGCUGGUACGUCAUGGUAACCGGCCACUCGCUCGUCCUCUGGUCGCGCCUGCACCUCGUCCUGCUGAAGCCGAAAAUCCUCCGCGCCCUCCUGGCCAUGAUCAUCGUCGACGCCAUCGUCCUCCACGUCCCCAUCACCGUGUUGCUCUUCGGCGCCGUCUCUGCGCACCCGGCGCGCUUCACAGCGGGGUAUGCGGUGAUGGAGCGCAUCCAGCUGAUCGGCUUCGCGCUGCAGGAGUGCAUCAUCUCGAGCUUCUACGUCGUCGAGACAAUCAAGAUGCUCCGCCUGCGGCAGGAGGCGCGGCACCGGCGCAUCCUGACCCAGCUCCUGGCGAUCAAUAUCGUGAUUCUCGUGCUGGAUGUUGCCGUCGUCGGCACCGAGUAUGCGGGCUACUAUGCCGUGCAGGUGAUGUUCAAGCCGGUGGCCUAUAGCAUCAAGCUCAAGCUCGAGUAUGCGAUCCUCGGUCGGUUGAUCGAGGUCGCCAAGGGCGAGUGCUCGGAGCGCGAGCAACUCUCGUCGAGUGUGCGCGCGUUGCACUCUGAUCGCUCGGAGCCUACCGUCUCGGUGUUGGGGAGUUCCCCGCUGCCGAGUCCGGAGAGUGUUCCCGGUAUGUCGUAUAUCCGCGAUGUGGAUACAUAUGCCUCGAUGAGGUUUUACGAGAGACGGUCGCUUUGA